AUGGAGAAAAAUCCACGUCGAAGCAAGUUAUGGGGUAAGCUUCGACGCUGGCUCCAAGUUUACGCUGCCGAGAAACUUUGCCAGGAGCCGAAGAGCCCCGGUGAUAGAGAUUCGAACGUGAAUACCGGACCUUUGAGAGUGAAGAUAAGGCACCAGACAGCAGUGAGAGAAGAUAGAAAUCCAGCUUCAGCAGGCUGGCAGUCGAGGCCAGGGCGUGUGUUGAUUGAGAUAGACCAACGUCGAUGGCUCUGGAAGUGGCAAGCCACGUCUUUUUCUCCGCAGUUUACCAGCCGUGACGGGUCCCGUCAGAGUGGAGAACACACCAAAAAGCGAGUGUGGAGAAGGUCCCUUAUACAGCUCACAUACGCGGCGAACCGUAAUUUUCUGGGACGCUUCCAGCCCUUUGCCGAUGCCGACACACUAGGCUCGCUGGUGCUGUUUCUCGAAUGGUCAGGCAUGGCAGCCCGGUCAGACAACAAUGUCCCUGUGAGCUCUGAACGUAAUUUGAGCCGUGAUAUUGCGGAUACAUCCUUGGGACCCAACUAUCUGGUAUGUCUUCCGUCCUUACUUCGUGGUCUGGAAUAA